UUGGCGGCUUGUACUCUUGUAGCAUUGAUAUAUUGAUUUCUUCGUCUGUACAAAACCGUUUUGACAACUAACUUUGCUGUGAAAUGAAAGAGAAUAAAAUAGCGCUAAGGCAAGAGUUAUCCCCCUUCCAUCACAACAUCAUCAUGUUUACAAAUGGCUGCCAAAAAUUCUAUUUCCUUUUAGUUUGUUUAUAUUUUUAGCUUUAUAUUGUAAAAUAUUAAUUUUUUUUUGUUCACUAAUAACAUGUCAGCGAAAAGAGAUGUCAGGAAUUUGGUAAAUCAACCGAAGAAUAGCAGAGGAAAUACACCCGUCUCUGAAAAAGUCAAAGAAAUUAAAAAGCGUCAGGAAAAUUGGAUGAAACAGAGAGCCGAUCAUAUUACACAAGACGAUUUUGUCAUAAAAGAAAAUAAUUUAGAUGUGAAGCAGUCUACAGGUAUUAAAGAUAAGUUUAAACAUUGGUUAAAGAAACAAUCUAAUGAACAAGAUUUUGAUACACUUUCUCAAUUAACACAGAGUGAACAUUUCAAAGGUUCAGCUUCAGAGCUGGAUGGCUAUGGAGACGAAUCUACUUAUGAUUAUGAAGAUGAUGAAGAGGAGGAGGAUGUUGACAUUGAUAAACUAAAAGAAAAACUUUUGUCAACAAAAGAUUUUGAUGCCAAAGCAGACAGUAUUGUUGAGAAAGUGAGAAAAGAUUUAAAUCUGUAUUCCAAAGACAUUGAUCGCAUUCCCAACCGAAGUAGAUCAUGUUUUGAAAGUAGAGGACAGAAGUCAAAUAAUUUCUCAAAUCAUCAUUGUCCAUCCUGUUCCCUGUCAAUGGUAACAGUAGAAAAUACUCCUAUGUUAAUGAUACCGUGCGGCCAUUCAGUUUGCCGAGUGUGUUGUGAAGGGAGAAAACUCUGUGUUGUUUGUGAUUGUCGUAUAACUAGUGUUACCAGUAACAUAAUGUUACAACAAAUUAUACAUGAAUACAGCCAACGUCAACCAGCUGUUGCACGACAUCAAUCAGCAAAGGUCCAGUCUCAUUAUUCAUCUCACAAAUAUGAUGAUUCUCCACCAUAUAACAUAACAUCACCAGAUAACUCAACUUUGAAUAAAAGAAAGUACCAUGAACAAUUAAAUAAUUUACAAACUAGAAUAGACAUAAUGAGCAGUGAACAGCAUUCUUUACAGGAAGACAUUAAUGUUAUACAGACAAAAUUAACCACCGAAGAACGCCAGAAAAGAAAUAUCCAAAAACAAAAAGAGAACAUUGAAUCUAAAAUAUCAGACCUAAGGGAGAAAUUAAAAUUGUUGACAAUACAUGAAGAUGAAUAUAAUGAAAAAUGUGAUAUUUUGAUUGAAGAAAAAGAUGUUCUAACAGAAAAACUAUCUCUGCUGAAUAACACAUUAACAUCCCUCAAUCAGGAGGUAGAAAAGAUUCUUUUUCUAGUAGAAGCAGAUGAUGUCUGAGGAUGAAACAAGGGAGAAAAAUAAGACUACAAUCAAAUGACAGUGAUAUUUUUUUAAAAAACAAUUAGAUUGUUGUAAUAUAUCAGUACAUUAUGUGAUUAAAAAAUGAACAGGAAGGAUACUAUAAAGAGGAUUUUAUUCAAUUUGUAUUUUUUAAAAAAAUAUUUAUUACUAUUUUCUUUAAUUUAUAUUAUAUUUUGUUUUUAAAUAAAUCUUUAGCUAAAGUUGCAAAAAAAGGCCUACUUUUACUGGUAGACUCCUAAACAGAAUUCAAUAAAUUGGAUGUAUUAUUCAUUUAUCAGUUAUGAAGGGCAUUGCCGAUGUGACUACUUCACAAAGCCGUUGGUAAUUAUGAACAACAGAUUAAUUAGCUAUUAGCGCUGGUCAACUCAAAGACUCAAUUUUGAAUUCAUCAGGAGACCAGCUUAUAUUUAGCUUACCCCAAUCAAUAGGAGAUUGUAAUUUACUUAGAGAGACGGAUUAUAGAUAUAAAAUUAAAGAAGAAUACUAUAUAUUCA